AUGAAGAAUACCAAAACAGAAAAGAGAAGGAAGGACAAGUCUGACAGGGCCACUGUUGACAAGGUCCUUGAUAAAAGAACGAUGAACAUUCUUGAUAAGAUACAGGAUAGAGGAAAGCUGGCGAAUCUAAGAGGAAGUUUAUGCACUGGGAAGGAAGCGAAUGUGUAUUUGGCGAUGGCAAGCACAGACCUUCAAAGCAAGUUUAUUAACAAUAGGUUUGAAGAAAAUAAAUGCCAGAAUGCAAUCAUGAGGAGUGAAGAAAUGAUUGCGGUUGCAGUUAAAAUUUUCAAAACAUCGAUUAUGCCAUUUAAGGACAGGGAGAGGUAUAUACGAAGUGAGAAGCGAUUUCAAAAGUUCUGCACAUCGAAUCCAAGGAAACUGGUGAAGGUGUGGGCAGAAAAGGAAGCAAGGAACCUGAAAAGAUUGAAUGCAGCAGGCAUACCAUCACCUCGACCGAUGUAUCUGCGUAGCAAUGUGCUUGUAAUGAGCCUGAUAGGAGAGUAUGAUUGUGUGGCACCCAGACUGCGGGAUGCAAAGAUUGAGGAUGUUGGGGAGUGUUAUAUGCAGUGCAUAGGGAUAAUAAAGGAGAUGUAUUGUAAGGCAAGGCUCGUGCAUGCAGAUCUGUCUGAGUACAAUCUUUUGUAUUACAAGGGUGUUGUGAAUGUGAUUGAUGUUGGACAAAGUGUGGAGAUAGAUCAUGAGAAUGCACAGAGGUUCCUGAUAAUGGACAUAAGCAAUGUGAAUGUGUUUUUUGAGAAAAAAGGAGUAUUAGUGGCAAGUGUGAAUGAUGUAUUUGAGGAUGUAACAGGAAUGAAGAUUCCUGUAUGCAUGGAAGGAAUGGAGAUUGUGUCUGAUGUGUUUAUUCCCUCAAGAGUCUCUGAGGUACGCAAUAAAGAGGAUUUUGAGAUAUUUGGAAGAGAAGUAAGCGGAGAUGCGAUGUCGAUUGAGGAGUCUGAGCAUUCUGAUGAAUCUGAAGAAUUUAGUAGUGAAAUGAAAGAGAAUAAUGAAGGAGAAUCAACCAAAAAUGCAUAUGAAGAGAAGAAGAAGAGGAAGAGUGAAGUCAAAGAGUUCAACAGACUCAGGAGAGCAUCUAGGAUCAGUAACAAAGAAAAGAAGAAGAUAUUCAAGAAGUACGUAGGCAAGAACCACAAAAAGAGAUGA